CUUUGUGUGGUAACUUAUGAUCAUAUCUGUCUCUAAAGUGUUGAAUGUUUCUUACUCAAAACCUGAAAAGUAUGAUUUACCAUUGUUAUCAUAUUUUUUAGCAUAUUAGCUUUUGGCCUCAUAAUAAGGAUGGCCUUUGAUGUAUAUUUCUCUUCAGAAGUUGGAUUGCAUUAAAUUCUUUAUUGCUUUCUGGAUUCAACAGGGGUUGAUUUGCUGCAUGAGAGGGAGCAAAUAGAUGGUUAUUUCUUAGUCAUCGAUUGCAUAGUGUAAUGAGUUUGGUUUCACAGAUAAGGCAUCGUUUGCCUCAUGUGUUCUUAAGACAUCCUAUUCUGUACAAUGCAACUGCACAAUAUCCUGCUGCCAGGUGGACUCGGAACAUUGCUCAACAAAGUGCCAGGAAAGAGGAAGAAGAAGACAAAGGAGUUGAGAUCGACCAGAGAAGGCUCCCAGCCGAUUAUGACCCUUCAACAUUUGAUCCAACAGAGCAUCGCAGUCCUCCAACAGACAGAGUGUGGAUGCUUGUUGAUGAAGUUUCCGGGCUCUCACUGGUUGAAGUAGCAGAGCUGUCUGGGAUUUUGAUGAAGAGGUUGGGUUCUAUGAAGAAGGGUCCCACAGCCGGAGCAGCCGAGGAAGAAAAGAAACCCGAGAAAACCGUGUUUGAGCUAAAGCUAGAGUCUUAUGAUGCUGCUCAAAAGAUCAAGAUAAUCAAGGAGGUCCGCGGUUUCACUGAUUUAGGUCUCAAGGAAGCAAAGGAUUUGGUGGAGAAGUCGCCUGCAAUAUUUAAAAAGGGUGUGUCAAAGGAAGAAGGAGAGCAGAUAAUUGAGAAGAUGAAAGCAGUUGGGGCCAAAGUUGUCAUGGAAUGAAACCUUAAGUCCUUAACCAACCAAUCAACGUUUUUUUUUUCAAGUUUUAGCAAUUUCAUGUAUUCCCUCCACUGCUGAGAAUUCAGAAAUAAUUUCAUAUUUCACUAGCAUUCUUGCAAGUUGCUUAUGAAUUGCAUAUGUGCAUUGUUCAAACUAAUGUCAGGUGACCCUUGAGAUGUUUUGGCCUGGCUUAUGACUAGUAGUAAACUAUGUGCAUUUUG